AUGGAGGGACUGAACGUCAAACACGGCGACGAGAACGACGGGACGUUCAGAUGCCGAGAUACGCAAGGGAACGACCCGGAAGUGGCGAAUCUCAAGAGUCGGAGAAGGGGGUCCGCGGUUGGGGUGGAAGCGUCGAGAAGAUGCCGCGGCCCGCCACAGCCGCUGCUUUCCCCUCAUGCGCCCUUCCCGCUGCCCCUUCCCCUUCCGCCCGGAUCCAAUCGCGACGCCGUCGAGCGAUGGCUUCGCGACGCCGUGGCGUCAUGCUUACGUCAGCUGUGCCGGAUGACGCCCGACGCGCUCGUCCCCGCGGUGCCGUUUCUCGAGACGCUCUGCGUGCGAUGGCUGCUGCACGACGCGUGGCAGCUCGCCAUUGGACAGCAGCGGCUCCAGCUCGGCGGUCGCGACGAAUCGGCGGAGAAUGCGAGCAGCGCACACGCGGGCAGCUAUUUAUGCGAGGCGGAGCCCGUCCGCGCAGUCAUUGCGCGCAUCAAGGAGCACAUCGCAGCCGCCCAGCGCCGACAGCAGCAGCAGCAGCAGCAGCAGGUGGAGGAUGGGUACUGGGUCGAUGGUAAACAAGAGGAGCGCGAGGAGCAGAAUGGUCUGUCGGACGCGCGUUUCUUCCUCGUGGGUUCCGGUGGCGAGGCGGGGAGCAGCGAGUGGCAACGGGUGGUAGCAGCAGCAGUGGCUGGUGAGGUGGGCGCUGCCGUAAUGGAGGUGGACUCCUCCCUGCCUGUGUUCCCCUGCGUGCCCUCCCCUCAUCCAUCACAUCUCUAUCCCCCACUUAUCCGCCUUCUUCCCCCCCCACCCUCCCCCUUCCCCUCACUGCCUACCCGAACACCUCUCCCACCCCUCGGUUGGCUCUCCUCAGAGCUAGCCAGCAGCUCGGGCUCUUCAAGUCAGGUGCCGCACUCCUCCCCGUGGCCCGUCAUCCUCCUCGCCACUGCUCCCAUGCCACUGCCUGGCCCUGGCGUUUCACUCGCCCACAACCACCACAAUCAACAGUACCACCAACACCACCAACACCACAAUCACCAGCUGCAGCAGCAGCAGCAGCAGCAGCAGCGCGGGUCAGAGGGCAGGCAGGUGUCCCUCUGGGCGUCCCUGGCGUCGCUGCUGCCGCAUGUGCCUCUGCUGGCACACCACGCCUUCAAGGGGGCCUCUUCGAGCCAAUCUCCUCACGACUCAGGUGUCCUCGCGCCCUCCCUCACGCACCUCCUCUCCGCCCUCCUCCGUGUGUGCAUCCGCCUCUUCUUCCUCCCCCUCAUCGCUCUCAUUCGCCUUGCCAAGUCCGCCAAGCUCCUCCCACCUGCUCCUCCUCAGCCCGCUGCUCUCUUCCCGCCAGCCAACGUGUUCUUCCUACUGUGUUUUCCUGCCUCUCCUUUGAUUGUAUUCUCACAGCUACCUGUUCAGGUGCCCCUGCUGUUCGACCCGUUGGGUCAGGAAGGGGCGCAGUUAGCAGAGAGGGAGGAGAACGAGGAGGAGCUGAAAGAGCGGCUGCAGGACGCACAGGCGCAGCUGCUGGCAGCGGAAGGGCAGGUGCAGCUGGAACAGACGUGGCGGGAAGUUUUGCUGCGGCAGGGGGAGAUGUGGGAGAGGAAGGCGGAGGGGGAGGCGCGGAGGAGAGAGGAGGCUGAGGGCCGGGAGAGGGAGGUGAGGAGGGCGAUGGAAGGGGAGAGGGAGAAGCGGGCGGAAGCUGAGAGGAAGGUGGGUUGUUUGAGUGAGGAAGUGGAGAGGAUGAAGGGGAGUGUGGAGAGGGCGGAAGGGCAGGUUAAGAGGGUGGUGAAGGAGGGGAGGGAGAAGGAGAGGGAGGUGAGGGAGGUUAGGGAGGAGGUGCAGAGGCUACAGGAGGAGUUGGUGGUGAGGGAGAGGGAGAGAGAGGAGGAGGUGCGAGAGGCAGCGGUGAGAGUGGGUGAGCUGGAGAGAAGGGUUAGGGAUGCAGAGAGAGAAGCGGAGGAGUUGAGAGGUUUGGUGCGAGAGGAGGAGCGGAGGAGGGAGGAGGUGGUCCGGGAGAGAGCGGUUUUGAGUGAGAGGUUGAGAGACGCGGAAGAGAAGGCGAGGGAAGUGGACGGGCUGAAAGCGCGGGUGAGAGAAGCGGAGGCGAAGGAGGAGAGAGUGGAGGCAUUGAGGGAGAGGCUAAGGGGAGUUGAGGCGAUGGUGGGGGAGAUGGAGGGUGUUGUGAGGGAGAGUGAGGAGAGAGUGAGAGAGGCCGAGAGGGUCAGUGGGGAGAGGAGAAAGGAGGUUAAGGGGUUAGAGGAGAGGCUUGCUGCUGCUGUGGCGAGAGUGGGGCAAUUGGAAGAGGAGGUAAAGGAGGGUGGGGAGAGAGUGAGAGAGAGCAAGGAGAGAGUGAGAGAGAGCGAGGAGAGAGUGAGGGAGGCAGAGAGAGUCAGUGGGGAGAUGGAAAGGGAGGUUGAUGCUUUGAAGGAGAGGCUCAAUGCUGCUGUGGCGAGAGUGGGGGAGCUGGAAGACGAGAAUAGGGAGAGUGAGGAGAGAGUGAGAGAGGCCGAGAGGGUCAGUGGGGAGAGGGGAAAGGAAGUUGAGGUGUUAGAAAAGAGGCUUGCUGCUGCUGUGGCGAGAGUGGGGGAAGUGGAAGAGGAGAUAAAGGAGAGUGGGGAGAGAGUGAGAGAGAGCGAAGAGAGAGUGAGGGAGGCAGAGAGAGUCAGUGGGGAGAAGGGGAGGCAGGUGCAAGCGUUAGAGGAGAGGCUUGUUGCUGCGGUUGCGAGGGUGCGGGAGCUGGAAGAGGAGGUUAGGGAGAGUAAGAAGAGAGUGAGAGAGAGCGAAGAGAGCGUGAAGGAGGCCGAGAGGGUCCAUGGGGAUAAGGGAAGUGAGGUGCAAGCGUUAGAGGAGCGAGUUGCUGCUGCUGUGGCAAGAGUGGGGGAGCUGGAAGGGGAGGUUAGGAAGAGUGAGGAGAGAGUUAGAGAGAGGGAGGGGCGGGUGAAGGUGCUUGAGGCGAUGGUGGGGGAGUGUGAGGGGCGAGUGAGAGAGAGCGAGGAGAGGGCAAGACAUGCUGAGGGGGAGUUGGAAGCGGUGAAAAGGGAGCUGGCAGUGGUGGAGAGGAGUAGGAAGGAGUUGGAGGUGCAGGUGAGGGAGUUGGAAGGUAUGAGGGAGGAAGCAGGUGUGCGAGCGAUGGAGUGGAGAAAGAAAGAGGAGAGGUGGCAUGGGGAAGAGAGGAAGUGGAAGGGGAAGGUGGAUGAGUGGAGAGCACUUGAGGACGUGUGGAGGAAGAAAGAGGAAGAGCUGAGGUUAAUGGUGGAAGAAGAGAGGGCAGUGGUUGAUAGACUGAGGAGGAGAGAGCAAGAGGUGGAACUGGAGAGGGUGAGAUGGGAGGAGCGGCAGAGGGAGAGGAGAGAGGCAGAGGCUCGGUGGCAGGCUGAAGUUGGGAGGCGGGAGGAGGUGGAGAGGCAGGUGGCUGGGCUGACAGCACGCGUGCAGGAGGAAUCAGAGAGAGUGCGCACUGCACUGGUGGAAGGGGAGGGUGGGAGGAGGAGAGUGGGAGAGGCGGAAGAAGAGGUGAAGGAGGCAGAGAGGAGGGUUGCAGAGGCGGUUGAACGGGCUGAGAGGAUGGAGAGGCGGGUGCAGGAUGUGGAGGAGAGGCGGGAAGCGGUGGAGGGGGGGUUGGAGGGGUUGAGAGGGAUGUGGAAGGACGAGGUGAGGGCGCGGAGGGAGGAGGUGGUGGAUUUGAAGAGAGUACAUGAGGAGGAGAAAGCACAGUGGGCAGAGGAGGUGGGGCGGUGCAAGCGUGCUUGGGAGGAGGAGAAGGGGCGGUUGCAGGGGGAGGGAGAGAAGAGGGUUCAGGCGUGGAGGGAGGAGGAGGUGGAGUGGAAGCGAGAGGUGAGUGAGCUAAAGGCAAAGGUGGCUGAGAUGGAGGAGAUGGUGGGGGCAAUGAGGAGGGAUGUGGAGGAGGCUAGGAGGGUGGCUGAAGGGGAGAAGGGCAGGCGAGAGGCCGUGGAGGCACAGGCGAGGGUUCUUCUGGAGAAGGUAGAACUGAUGAGGCAGAAACGGGUGGCAGGGAAGAAACGGCAGGAUGCGGGGAAGGCUGUAUCUGGGGUGGUGGGAGUAGCGGGAGAAGCCAGUGGGGUGGUUGCAGGUUCAGCUGGGAAAGGCGAGGGGCAGGUGGUGGAGGGUGCAGAGAGAAGAGGAGGAGGGGAGGGGGGUGGAGCGGGAGGAGGGAAGAGGCGGUGGAGGGAGGAGGUGGCAGUGCUGUUGGGUCGAAUGGAGCAGUUGGGGCGGGAGAGGGAGGAGGCGGAGAGGGCGUGGGUGGGGCGAAUGGCAGCUGUGGAGAUGCGCAAUGUGGUGAUGGGGGUGGAGCUGGCUGCCGUGGAAAGAGAGAGAGAUGCGCUGCUCAACACCCUCAAGGCAUCCACUGCUUCCGCUGCUUCCUCCGGUGGGGUCGCUCGUGGUGCUUCUGCUGGUGGGGUUGCACUCUCUCGUGGUGCUGUUUCGCGUGGUGCUGGUGCUUCUCCUGGGCUCGAUGUAGGAGGUGGUGCCAUGGAGAUGAGGUCUUGA